UGUGGUGCUGUUUGUUGCCUACGAAAGCUUUAACUUUAUAAAAUUCAAUAGUAUCAGCAAGUACACAAUAACUUUCAAUGAAAAUUGUAAAUAUGUGGCUGCUGUUGUAUAUCUUCUAUGUUUGUAUAUCAUUUAAAAGCAUUAUAUCAAUAGGACUUGAUAAACUGAAUGUGCCGCCGGAACAUGUAACAUAUGUUUUCAAUGCUUUUCCUAGUUUAGCUAAAGCUUGUUUAGCAGAACCAAAAUGUAUAUACAAAGAGUUAACUGGGGUUAAGAGAUGUUGGGGCUAUGAACGAGAAUGUAAUAGAGAUGAUUCGUACCCGGUACGACCUGUCUGUCCUGGUGAUCAUCGAGGCUGGGUAAAGACCAAAGAGGCGCAGUAUGAUACAUUCUACACUCAAGCAGAUUUUGGUUACGUUAAAGAACAGAUAGAUGAUCUAAUGGUCAUGUGUGAAGCAACUUACCCAGACGACACUUCACUAGAAUGUUCCAAAUAUUUGAGAUUUUGUAGAGGUCGGAACAUGAUGCUCAAUUUUACUGGUCUUGUUGGCAGAGGAGACAACUUGCGAUACAAAAUGGAUAUUCUUGGGCCUGGUCAAAUAGGUGGUUUCUGCAAUUUUUACUCUGAGAGGCUUAUGAAAGAAGCAGAACAUAUGAGUGCCCUACAAUCAUGGUCACCUGAACUUGUGCAUUUUGUUAAAACUCGUAAAAAGCCCAUAGCUGAUGGAGUGUGUGAUGUAGUUAUAGAUAAACCAACAUACAUUAUGAAAUUAGAUGCAACUGUAAACAUGUACCACCACUUCUGUGAUUUUUUCAACUUGUAUGCAUCUCUGCAUGUGAACUCAACUCAUCCUUCUACAUUUUCUAAGGACAAUCACAUAUUGAUUUGGGAAACGUUCACUUAUGAAUCGGCUUUUAAAGACACUUUCAAAGCUUUCACUGAUAAUCCUAUCUGGGAUUUAAAAACAUUCAGGGGCAAAGUAGUUUGCUUCAAAAAUGUUGUGUUGCCUCUACUGCCUAGAAUGAUUUUUGGACUUUACUACAAUACUCCCUUGAUAUAUGGCUGUGAAAGGAGUGGCUUGUUUCAUGCAUUUUCAAAACAUAUAAUUCAUUCCCUAAACAUAAAACUGCAUCCUCGCACCAAUGACAAGGUUAGAGUGACUCUAUUGUCAAGAGGUACAACAUACCGCUCGAUAUUGAACGAGAAGGCGAUCAUAGACGCGUUGAGUAAGGUGGAGGGGUAUAAAGUGAAAAGGGUGGUGUACGAUAAAACUGUGCCGUUUCUGAAACAGUUGGAAAUAACUCAUAACACAGACGUGUUUGUUGGCAUGCACGGCGCCGGCUUGACGCAUCUCCUCUUCCUGCCUGAUUGGGCGGCCGUGUUCGAAGUUUACAAUUGCGAGGAUCCUAACUGUUACUUGGAUCUAACCAGACUUCGCGGACUUAAAUACGUAACGUGGGAAGAUAAAACUAAAUUGGUGCAACAAGAUGAGGGUCACGGGCCUGGCGGAGGUUCUCAUGCUAAAUUCACCAAUUAUUCUUUCGACGUGCGUGAGUUUUUGAGAUUAGUGGAGAAAUGUGCUGACUAUGUACGUCAGCAGAAAGCCUUUAACGCUUUCCUCGAAGCUUCCGGAGUACGAAAAUCUCACGAAGAGUUGUAAGCCAGUCAAUCUCUGUUUCCUAACUUGUGAUAUAAUUUUUAUUUUACUUUGUUCAAUGAAACAUUCCAUCUAUUAGAGAAAUUAAUAAUUUCUAUGCUUUUUACAAGUAUUUUUUGUACUGUGUGAUAUUAUUUUUGUUGCAAGUAUUAUUAUAUAUUAUGUUAUAAAUUAGUGCGAUUUUGAAACGUAGUACUAAAAGCUCAUUGAGUUAAAGUUCAAAGCGCAAGAGUUCAAAGAGUUAUGUAAAAGUUCAAAAGCUUAUUGAGUUAGUUCGCCGUAACGUCACGAGAUGCCGCUUGAUGUAUCAACUUGCUGAGAUGUACGGUCAGCGUUAAAAGUAGCUGAACAAAUCAAUAUUUUCAGAAGUGCCUGACAACGACCCUUUGGUCAUAAUUUUUUAACGUCUCGGACUCUAUCUUAAACUAAAAAAAAGAAGAUGAAUACAAUGUAAUCAAUCAGUUAUUUGUUCAGCUACUUUGAAGCUGUCUGUAUCAAUUUUCAUGUGAAAGGUGUGAAAAAACCAUUUUCUCGGGUCCGAGACCUGUUCUUGUAAAGUAAACCUUUUAUAUGCAGUUAUGUCAAGUCUUAUAUUUUUAACACCGUUGAGAUCCUAAAGACAUUAUGCCUAUGUUAUUCUCAAAAAAUCAGUGCAAACGAACAAAACGAGGAGCAUAUAACCGAAAAGUUGUAGAAAAUGAAUAAUUUCGACUUUACUGUGCGUGGACCGACAUUCUGAGUCUGACUGCUGUAGCGUCAAUCACGACUGGUCGGCCGCGAUGUAUGGAAAUGUACCUUAAAUGCAAUUUUACUCAAUUAUUGUACCUACCUCUUUUAUUGAAACGCAACAUUUGACGAAACACGUCACAUUUUAUGGAGGUUGAUUUUUCAACAUAAACCUAAAAUAUGUAAAAAAAAAAUAAGUUUAAUUUGGAAUUGCUCAAAUACUUAAUCAGCUCAUCAUAAGCCAGUUAUUGAUUACACAUUAAUAACAACAAUGCAACCUACAAAAGCUUAUGGCGAAGGUCGGCAGUAACUUACAGGUAAUAAUCGUUGAAAAAUUACAACGAAUGUUGUUGAUGUAAUCUGUUUAAUUUAUGAUUUGGUGAAGGCACCGCUAGUUUAAUUGUAACAGCGCGCGUCGAACGUUAAGUUCCAUAAUUACAGUUUGCGAUAUUCAGAUAAAUGUUCUCCGCAUCGAAUGCGAGCUCGUGUCCACUUGACUUAUUUACUUAUACGGGUACAGCAUUUACGUACUGUUUGGAUUCACAUUUUUAUAUCUUACGUUCUUUCUUUUCAACUGUAUUUAACUGUUUUCGAAGUUAGGAAUGAUUUUACAAAUACAUACGUAAGUGCCAGUGGUAAUUGAUGAGGCAAAACAGAGUUAUUUUGUAUUUGCUCUCUAUUUUGUAAGUCCAUAUAACAGGACUUAUGAAAACGUGCGAUCAAAUUGAUUUAAUAUGAUAUUGAUAUAUGAUGAUUGAUAAGUAGGUACCUGAUGUAGCGUAUCCACUAAUUUAUGAUAAUUAAAAUAAAUGGUACAAGUUUUGGUUUAAAACUAUUAACAAAGAAAGCGGAACUUAUUCGUGUAAAAUACACAGUACGGGCCCCUAAAUCGAAAAGAGGUCGGAGGAGAGAGCAUUAAAUCGUAAAACAAUCGCAUAAUGUGGAGGCAAUAUUUACAGAGGGAAAUUAAUGAGCGAUGCCCGUGCGCGCCCUCGGGCGUACGUGCUCAUAACUUUUUGGCAUAACCAGAUCGUAUCGCGAAAUAAAAAUCAAGAACUUAAUUGAAAUAAUAUUAGUUUUCAAAUUAAAUUACGCCGAAUAGUGUAACUUAGUUAUAUAUAAAAUAACAUGUCUGUGAUCUGAUAAACAGGAGGUGCCUAAGUAUGUGCGAAAUUUGACAACUUAUUAAUCUUGAAUAACUAGUUAGUCUUUAUCAAUUAAUUUUUAAUCGUGUAUGUUAAAGUGAUAUGUAGGAAAAUAAUGCAUUUACUUCCUUGUUUUUUAACAAUUGGUAUUCACAUCUCAUUAGAUAUUUAAUGUUGAACAAUGUAUGUUUUUAUCUCUGCAAUUAUUUGCAUAGUUACUAAGAUCUAAUGUUUUUUACUUUGUUUUGUAAUAAAAAGUUUUCACAUA